UGAGAGUAGGAAGUAAUCUGGCUGGUUUGGUGGCUGGCUAACUAUUAGCUUUCACUUGCUAGCGGUAGCAGUGACGAGACAUUUAAAGACCGCAUACAUUUCCAAAUGGUGCCUGAGCGGACCGACAGCAUCAGCACGUUUGCGUAUUUCGCUUUCGGGAGUAAUAUGUCGAAGGAGAGAUUGUGCCUGGAAAACCCAUCGGCAACUUUCCUCGACAUCGGUCGACUCAAGGACUAUCAGCUGGAUUUUGGCCUCUGGGCUGGAAGUGUAGCGAGCAGCUGGCACGGUGGCGUGGCCACCAUUCGACAAAGUCCUGGCUCUGAGGUGUGGGGCGUCAUCUGGACCAUUAGACGAGACCAACUGGACAACCUGGACCAUCAGGAAGGCAUCCAUGAGGGCCUUUAUUCGCCGCUGGAGGUGACUGUGGAGAGCAGCAACCACGGAGAGAUGCUGUGCAGGACGUACCAGAUGAACAACUUUCACGCUUCUCUGACCUCGCCGCAGUACAAACAUGUGGUGUGUUGGGGCGCUGAACAGAACGGACUUCCCGGCGAUUACAUCGGCGGGCUGCAGGCGGUCAAGACCAACAACUACACGGGACCUUCGAUGCUGGAUCGCAUCGAAGUGCACACCAAUUGGGAAUGAGACGGCGCUUGACAAUCAACGCCCUCUGAGCCUGAACUCCUGACCAGCAGCACGCCUAAUGAAGCCAAACCAACCUUUUCCCUUUGACAACGCUGAAAUAUGCCAACUAAAGCGGAUGCAUGACCAGGACUAAACGAGGGAAAUAACCCGUUGGAGGUUUCUUUCUCUCUACCACGAGAUAAACAAAACAAAACAAAACAAAAACCAUGCAUGAAUGUUUCACACACAUUGACAGCAACUGGAAUCAACUGCUAAUGUUUGCCACUAAUUAGCCAGAACCAAAAGUGGGGUCCACUAUAAGUGGUCGCAAGUCAAAAGUAGUCUCUUUUUUCUGAGGAGAAUGCGAGAAAACAUGUCUAAAAAGUUGCCAGUAAAUUUGAUUUAAGGUUUCUGGGAGGUCUCGGUUUAACCCUACAAUGAUAGCAUUCCAUUUGUAUUGUUCUCACUGGAGAAAAAACAAAUAUGUUCGACUUGUUGUUUUGCUUCAGGCUUCAACGGGCCUCAUGAGAACUUGACAAGUUUCCUCUUUCAAAUUUAACAAACAAAAAAAGACAACCAGCAUGGCUGAUGCGAGCUUGGUUUUGCAUUACUUUUGCUUGAGUAUUUUUGUGAAGCAUUUUACUCAGUUACAAUGAGCUACUUGGAUAUUCUAUCAAUAAUCAAUUGCUUGCACAAUCUGUUUUGGUUCUCAAAGAAAUGUGUGACAUGGCAACCUUUAGAAGCAAGCUUCUGUGAAUACGGCGUCCAAAAGCACAAAGUAAAAUACACGAAUGAUACUCUGGA